AUGUCAUUCUGGAAAACAUUGCAGAGACAGCCACGUACCAUUUCGUUGUUUACUAACGACAUCGCGUCCAAUAUCAAGUCGCAGAAAUGCCUCCAGUUGCUGAAGGGAGACGUCUCUCAUCGAUUCGACGUUGAGAUCGCCAACCGUUUUCCCACGUGGGACCAGCUGCAAUACAUGAGAACAUCGUGCCCGCAAGGCCCAGUUUCGCUGCAAAGGCAGAUCCCAAAGCUUGAUUCAGUGCUUAAAUAUAAGCACACGGACCCGACGUUCGGAAUGGACCUCCAGAAGUGUGUCCAGAAGGGACUGUGGAACCCUAAGGAGGCGCUAUGGGUCGACUGGGAAAACAAGCUAGUGGGGAAUGAGCCUGCAGACAUUGACGAACACAUAAUUCAACGCAAGUAG